AUGCUCGCCCUCGAGCCUGAGUCUUGGGUAUGGUACGCCUUGUCAUGGGUGAUUGUGCUGAUACGCAUGGCCUCGCGAAAGCUUGUGCUUGGGUCAUGGAGGAAGCUGCAAAUUGAUGACUAUCUGAUGCUCGUCGCCAUGGCCACCGAUACCGUGCUCAUUGUGUCUAUGAACAUCGUUGCUAGAACGUCGAGUAACCUGAUUGACCCCAACUCGCAUGAAGAACUCACGCCGGAGAACAUCGCCGAACGAGUCUAUGGUUCCAAGAUGGUUUUGGUUGUGGAGCAGAUGCAAUGCAUAACCAUCUGGAUGAUCAAGGCAUGCAUCUUGCUCAUGUACCACCGAUUGACGAUGAGUUUGAAGCAGAAUCUGGCUGUGAAAAUCGUGGCUGGAUACACUCUUGGAUCCUUUAUCUUGAUGGAGAUUCUCUACCUGGGAGUCUGGUGCAGACCAUUCACAGAGUACUGGGCUGUCCCCCCUGCAAGCACCCAAUGUUCGGCUGCGACAAACCAUUUGAUCACCAACGCCGUUUUCAACCUUUCCUCCGAUAUCAUGAUUAUCUUGAUCCCCAUGCCCGUGUUCCUGAAGUCGACUCUUGGUAUCAAAAAGAAGGCUGUUCUGUGCGGUAUCUUCGCUGUUGGACUUUUCACGAUCUUGUCCGCCAUCCUCAGCAAAUACUACAGCUUCAACCAGCCCUUCGGCGUCGACUGGACCUACUGGUACAUCCGCGAAUCCUCCACCGCCAUCAUCACGGCCAACCUGCCCCUCACCUGGUCCCUCCUCCAGAAGUGCUUCGGCCUCAAAUCCUUCAAGGACUACUCGAACCCCUACUCGAACCAGAACACCAACUCGCGCUUCCGCUCGACCACCUACGGCCGGCAGAGCAACAAGCGCGGAGGCACGCGCUCCGCCAGCCAGGAGCGCAUCACCAACGUGCCCCUCAAGAUCUACCAGAAGCGCGAGGUGCAGGUCACCAACGCGCCCGUGAGCCCGACGCGCAUCGAGUCCUCGGAGGAGUCGCUGCCCUUGCCCGAUCAGCUGAGGACGACGGUGCAUGUGAGGGGCGGCAACGCGAGCUCGCAUAACGAGGAGACGGCCUCGGAGAGGUCGGUGGCGGGCGCCGGAAUCGCAUACGUACUCUUCAUCGCCAUAUACCGCCUCUACUUCCACCCUCUAUCCAAAUAUCCAGGCCCCCUCCUGAACAGAAUCUCCCCCCUCCCACUCUCCAUCGCCCUGCUCCGCGGCCGCCUCCCCUUCUACGUCAAGCACAUCCACGACAGAUACGGCCCCGUCGUCCGCCUCACGCCCACCGAGCUCUCCUUCAACUCGGAGCGCUCCUGGAAGGACAUCUACGGCUCCCGCCCCGGCCACGCCAACUUCCACAAGGACCCCAUCCACGUCGGCUCCGUCCAGGCCGUCCCCGGAGCCGUCACGAUAACCAUGGCCGACGACGCCGACCACGCCCGCCAGCGCCGCGCCCUCUCCCACGCCUUCAGCACAAAGGCCCUCCUCGAGCAGGAGAGCCUCAUCACCUCCUACAUCGACGCCCUCCGCGACGUCGCGAACGCCCACGCCCGCGACGGCCGCGUCUGCAACCUCGCCGACUGGUUGUCGUACACCACUUUCGACAUCAUCGGCCACCUCUCCCUCGGCGAGCCCUUUGGCUGCCUCGCCUCCUCCGACCUACGCUUCUGGGUGGCGCUCAUCUCCGAGUCCAUCAAGGCCGGGGCGGUCGAGCAGGCCGCCCGCCGCCUCGCCACGACGGGGUCCUGGGCACAGAAGCUCCUUCUUAGGCUCCUCGCGCCGCCCGAGCUGCGCCAGCAGCGCGUGCGGCACCUCGAGUACUCGCGCGAGAAGAUCCUCAAGCGCAUCGCCGCGCCGGGAGGUAACAGUGCGCAUCGGGACUUUCUGCACUACCUCCUCCGGCAGGGCGACAAGGAGAACCUGAACCAGGACGAGAUUAUAGUGAAUGGUGCGCUCUUCAUCAUCGCGGGGUCCGAGACGACGGGGAGUUUCAUGACGGGGCUGUUCAACCACCUCCUCCGCCCGGAGAAUCGGCGCGCGUACGAGAGGCUGAGGGAUGAGAUACGGGGGGAGUUUGCGCGGGAUGAGGACAUUACUUUUGAGCGGUUGUCUAGACUGCCCUGGCUGGGCGCCGUGCUGGAGGAGGGGCUGCGCAUCUUCCCCUCUGCGCCUAUCGGGUUUACGCGCCAGGUUCCCAUGGGAGGGGACACGGUGGACGGGGAGGUGCUGCCGGGGGGCACGACGGUGUCGACGUGCAUGUGGGCGGCGACGCACGCGCCUGAGAACUUUGCGGAUCCGUAUACGUUUCGGCCGGAGAGGUGGCUUGAUCGGGAGAAGGCGACGGAUAGGCUGGGGGCGAGUAAUCCGUUCUCGCUCGGUCCGAGGGGGUGUAUUGGUCGCAACCUGUCUUAUAUGGAGCAGAGGUUGAUUGUGGCCAAGCUGCUGUGGCAUAAUGAUCUUGAGAUGACGGGGGAUGAGUCGUGGAGGGUGUGGGAUCCUGCGAAUGACCAUGAGAACAUGCAGGUGUUUACGAAUUGGAUCAAGAUGCCGUUGAAUGUGAGGUUGAUCCCACGGAAACACGAGUGA